CAUUGGGUAAAAUAGCUCCCGAAAAAGAAGAAGAAUAUAAACCCAGGGGCGCAGCUAGCCAUUGAAAUUAAAACCGAAAAACUCGUGUAUGCGUCAAUGAUUGUGUAAUAAGCGCUUCGUCUGAGUACUAUGUGUCAGCGGGGAGUGAAUUACGCAGAAGAUUUGUAUUCCACACAUUUUUUUACCCUAGCUAAAUACCUAGCUAGGCGAGAGGAUUUUAUUACCUAGCUUGAUAGCCAGUGAAUAAACAGUGGUGGUAAACUUUGCAAAGAGUAACUGUUACGUUUGUAGCUAGUUAGCUCUUGCUAGCCAGCUACCUCCACUUUUUUGAUGAUCUUUCAAUGGGUGUAGGUUACCACCCGAUGGAAGCUGUUGCCUUGGAGCUUGAGGCUGCUAACACUGUGCAAUUUCUAUUUUUGUGGUUCGCACAAUAACGUUAGCUAACUAUCGAUUACAACAAAACUACCUUGUUACUCGCUUGCCUUUGUGGAUACAGGCCAUGGACUGAAUAACGCACACGAAUGGUGUCGUCUAGCUAGCUUGGUGGCUAGCAGUCAUAUUGGAUAAUAUACAUUGGGUACAACUAAACAACACAAGACCUUGAAUAUGGAUUGUGUGUGUGUGAACUCAAGACCGCUUGUUAUUUGGAUCAUCAUGCAUUGGAUUGCUGGGCCCAUGUGCCAAAUUGGAUGAAAUUAACGUAGCUAAAGAAAACAACGAAAUUAUAUACACUCUGCAUUUUUCUUUUUUUACAUUUGCAUUUUACGGUGAACGGAGGCGAAAUACAAUGUCUACGGCGAAAGAGAACUCUUGCAGGAAAUUCCAGGCGAACAUUUUCAAUAAAAGUAAAUGUCAGAAUUGCUUCAAACCUCGGGAGUUGCAUCUCUUGACCGAUCAAGAUCUGAAUCAGGCCAAACCUAUUUAUGGCGGAUGGCUGUGCUUGGCCCCCGAGGGAACAGACUUUGGCAAUCCCAUGCAGAGAUCCCGGAAAUGGCAACGGAGGUUCUUUGUGCUGUACGAACAUGGCUGCCUGCGCUUCGCCCUGGACGAAUCGUCGAGCACUCUUCCCCAGGGAACGGUGAAUUUGAACCUGUGUACUGACGUCAUGGACGCCGAGCCCAAGACGGGCCAGAAGAACGCUCUCUGUAUCGUCACUCCUGAGCAGGAGUACUUCAUACGAGGGGAGAACAAAGAGAUCAUCAAUGGCUGGACUGAACAGCUGGUGAUCUAUCCCAGGACUAACAAGCAGAACCAGAAGAAGAAACGCAAGGUGGAGCCCACCACUUCUCAGGAGCCAGGACCAGCAAAAGUGGCAGUGAAGGGAUCAGGUAUCCCCGAGGCGGGCUCGGAGAAUGUUCCAGACUCCAGCUCCAUCAUCUGGCAGGAGGAGCUGAGCCACAGAGAGGCUGAGGGGGUGUCUUUGUGGCCUGCUCCUGACCUCCCCAGGCUGGGCUCACCACAGCCCUCUACAGGUGACUGUGGUUCCGUGGCCCGUGGCUCAGACGCCGGCUCAGUCAACGGUGACGAGGUGGACCGAAGUGGCCUCCACGGCUCGGUCCCUCUCGCCCACCACAACCUCCUGUCUCCCACGGGCUCCAGCCUGGGCGGGGUGCCCCACUGCUUCUCCCCGCUCCCCAGUGACCCCUUCCCCUCUGGCAGCUCCCUGCUGUCCAACGGCUCCCACAUCAGUGGUUCGGUCAGCUCGCUGGACUCUGACGCAAGUGGCAACACGGUGGCCAGCACAGAGAGCCACCUGGCGGGGCGGUUAGGGCUGGCCCAGGGAGGGCGCCAUGAUACUCCACGCUCCAGGAGGCUGGAGGCCGAGGCCAGGAAGGCAGAGAAGAGGAGCAGAGUGAGGAGUCCUGGUGAGGAGAGAGAGGCCGUGUUCAGUCCUGAGAAGAGCCGUUCUGGGGUGAUAGAGAAGCUGGAGGCGUUGGAGCUGGAGAAUCCAGAGAGGAUGGAAGUGGAGGAGGCUGGGAGGACAGGAGCCAGGCAGGGCCGCAGCGAACACAGACGCUUCCACACAGAGGACCUGGGACAGGACUUCCCUUCCACUCUGCCCCCUCUCAGACGAGCCAAGUCCCUGGACCGUAGGACCACCGAGUCUGUCAUGACCCCGGACUUGCUGAACUUCAAGAAAGGUUGGAUGGUGAAGCUGGAUGAGCAUGGACAAUGGAAGAAGUUUUGGUUCGUACUGACAGACCACAGCCUCCGAUACUACAAGGACUCCAUUGCUGAAGAGGCUUCAGAUCUGGACGGGGAGAUAGACCUGUCUACGUGUUAUAACGUCACUGAAUACCAGGCUCAACGCAACUACGGCUUCCAGAUACAUACCCAGGAGGGCAUGCACACCCUGUCGGCCAUGACUGCAGGCAUACGGAGGAACUGGAUCCAGGCUGUCAUGAAGAAUGUCAGACCCUCCACCGCUCCAGACGUGGCUAGCAACCACAGCUCCUUCUCCCCACUGGAGGGGCUGUUUCAGCCGGACGUGACCCAGGACUCCCCUUCCUCCGAGACCUCGUCCGUGGAGCGUGAGCCAGGUCCAGGCCCUAAGAAGAGCCGGGCACGCGAGCGCCGACAACAAGGCCGCUCAAAGACCUUCGACUGGGGCGAGUUCCGACCCAUUGCCCAGGCUUUGGCCCAGCAGCGGGCCCAGAAGGCUGAGCCCCUGCAGACUGACAUAGGAGACCCCGAUCGGAACCGGAGGAGGGAAGAACGACGGAGGAGGUAUGAAUCUGUGACUGGCUCCUCCAAGGACCAACCAGCAGGCUCCGAGGGCGGGAGGAUGGACUUUGAGAAGGGGGGAGGGAGUGAAGGCAGCCCUGGGGGUGAGUGUGGGGGUCCCCCCUCCCUGGAGAGGCAGCAGAAGGUGGAGGAGGAGAUCGAGCAGCACUGGCAGCAGGUGGAGCAGACACCCAUCAGGGAUGAGAGGAGGGUACCUCUGCCCUCGACACUGCAGACCAGGGAGACGGCCGAGCUGGAGAAACUGCUGGAGAGCUACAAGAAAGGGGUAGAAGAGCUGAAGCUGCAGUUGGGGAGCUGUCACCAGCAGCUGCUGCACUCCAACCAGCACAAACAGAAUCUGGAGGUCCAGCUGAGGACGGCUCUGGAGAGAGAAUCUAUGGAGCACGUCCGUUCCGGAUACGUCUCCCAGCUGGAGCUCCCUUUGGUUCUGGAGGCUGAUAUCGAGCCCCAGACGAAGAGGCCGGAACUGGCCACCUGUGAGAGGGGCUUUGCUGCCAUGGAGGAGUCCCACCAGAGGGUGAUUGAAGAACUGCAGAGGAAAAACCAGAGAGCGCUGGAGAACCUACACGAGGAAAAGGAAAGGCUGCUAGCCGAGGAGACUGCCGCUACCAUAUCCGCAAUCGAGGCGAUGAAGAACGCCCACCGGUCGGAGCUGGAGAAGGAGCUGGACAAGGCCCGCAAGUCCAACAGCAACACGGAGAACGCAGACAUAGAGGAGAUAUGCAGGCAACACGAAGAGGAGCUGUGUUCGUUCCAGAGGGAGAUCGAGGUGCUGUCUGAGCAGUAUUCUCAGAAGUGCCUGGAGAACGCCCACCUGGCUCAAGCCCUGGAGGCUGAGAGACAGGCCCUCAGACAGUGUCAGAGGGAGAACCAGGAGCUCAACGCACACAACCAGGAGCUGAACAACCGUCUAGCUGCAGAGAUCACGAAGAUACGCUCUAUGGCCGCUGAAGACGGGGGUGGAAACACCUGCAACAUCACACAUGGGAAGGAACUGUACGAGCUAGAGGUAAGCUCCGCUCCAGGUGAACUGUACGAGCUAGAGGUAAGCUCCGCUCCAGGUGAACUGUACGAGCUAGAGGUAAGCUCCGCUCCAGGUGAACUGUACGAGCUAGAGGUAAGCUCCGCUCCAGGUGAACUGUACGAGCUAGAGGUAAGCUCCGCUCCAGGUGAACUGUACGAGCUAGAGGUAAGCUCCGCUCCAGGUGAACUGUACGAGCUAGAGGUAAGCUCCGCUCCAGGUGAACUGUACGAGCUAGAGGUAAGCUCCGCUCCAGGUGAACUGUACGAGCUAGAGGUAAGCUCCGCUCCAGGUGAACAGUACGAGCUAGAGGUAAGCUCCGCUCCAGGUGAACUGUACGAGCUAGAGGUAAGCUCCGCUCCAGGUGAACUGUACGAGCUAGAGGUAAGCUCCGCUCCAGGUGAACUGUACGAGCUAGAGGUAAGCUCCGCUCCAGGUGAACUGUACGAGCUAGAGGUAAGCUCCGCUCCAGGUGAACUGUACGAGCUAGAGGUAAGCUCCGCUCCAGGUGAACUGUACGAGCUAGAGGUAAGCUCCGCUCCAGGUGAACUGUACGAGCUAGAGGUAAGCUCCGCUCCAGGUGAACUGUACGAGCUAGAGGUAAGCUCCGCUCCAGGUGAACUGUACGAGCUAGAGGUAAGCUCCGCUCCAGGUGAACUGUACGAGCUAGAGGUAAGCUCCGCUCCAGGUGAACUGUACGAGCUAGAGGUAAGCUCCGCUCCAGGUGAACUGUACGAGCUAGAGGUAAGCUCCGCUCCAGGUGAACUGUACGAGCUAGAGGUAAGCUCCGCUCCAGGUGAACUGUACGAGCUAGAGGUAAGCUCCGCUCCAGGUGAACUGUACGAGCUAGAGGUAAGCUCCGCUCCAGGUGAACUGUACGAGCUAGAGGUAAGCUCCGCUCCAGGUGAACUGUACGAGCUAGAGGUAAGCUCCGCUCCAGGUGAACUGUACGAGCUAGAGGUAAGCUCCGCUCCAGGUGAACUGUACGAGCUAGAGGUAAGCUCCGCUCCAGGUGAACUGUACGAGCUAGAGGUAAGCUCCGCUCCAGGUGAACUGUACGAGCUAGAGGUAAGCUCCGCUCCAGGUGAACAGUACGAGCUAGAGGUAAGCUCCGCUCCAGGUGAACUGUACGAGCUAGAGGUAAGCUCCGCUCCAGGUGAACUGUACGAGCUAGAGGUAAGCUCCGCUCCAGGUGAACUGUACGAGCUAGAGGUAAGCUCCGCUCCAGGUGAACUGUACGAGCUAGAGGUAAGCUCCGCUCCAGGUGAACUGUACGAGCUAGAGGUAAGCUCCGCUCCAGGUGAACUGUACGAGCUAGAGGUAAGCUCCGCUCCAGGUGAACUGUACGAGCUAGAGGUAAGCUCCGCUCCAGGUGAACUGUACGAGCUAGAGGUAAGCUCCGCUCCAGGUGAACUGUACGAGCUAGAGGUAAGCUCCGCUCCAGGUGAACUGUACGAGCUAGAGGUAAGCUCCGCUCCAGGUGAACAGUACGAGCUAGAGGUAAGCUCCGCUCCAGGUGAACUGUACGAGCUAGAGGUAAGCUCCGCUCCAGGUGAACUGUACGAGCUAGAGGUAAGCUCCGCUCCAGGUGAACUGUACGAGCUAGAGGUAAGCUCCGCUCCAGGUGAACUGUACGAGCUAGAGGUAAGCUCCGCUCCAGGUGAACUGUACGAGCUAGAGGUAAGCUCCGCUCCAGGUGAACUGUACGAGCUAGAGGUAAGCUCCGCUCCAGGUGAACUGUACGAGCUAGAGGUGAUGUUGAGGGUGAAGGAGUCCGAGGUCCAGUAUCUGAAGCAGGAGAUCAACUCUCUGAAGGAUGAACUCCAGGCCGCCCAAAGAGAUAAGAAGAAUGCGACGGACAAGUACAGGGACAUCUACACAGAGCUGAGUAUCGUGAGGGCCAAAGCAGAGCGAGACCUGGGGAGGCUCAGAGAGCAGCUGCAGCUGGCCCACGAGGCACUGGGGGAACCAUCACUGGAGGAGGUGGAGCGGGCAGGAGGAUACGAUAUCAUGAAGUCCAAAAGCAACCCUGACAUUCUCAAGAUGGCGGCCGCUGCCGCCAAACGCACCGAGCGCACCAUGAGGUCAAAGAGUCUUAAGGAAGGGCUCACUGCCGAGCAGCGCCUCCACCUGUUUGACAAGGACACUAAGGAGUUCUGACAGCGUGGCCUACGUCACACCGCUCCAGCCACCUUGCAGCAUGUUUAGGAAGGCCACUCUAUUUUACCUCUGUAAUUACUUAUUUAGAAACACACUGGUCACCACACACAUGUCGUGUGUGUAUAUAUUCAAAAAUAAAACAUGGUGUGAAGAUUUGAAGUUUAUGUCUAGACUCAUUCCAUGCACUUUAGUUACUGUGACAUUUUGGUUUUUGGUUUUGUCUUACAGUAAAUUCUCUGUACGGUUUUUAAUGAGGCAUUUAUCAUGCCUACACUAACAAAGAUGGCCUGUAAAGCUACUGUUUGGACUCCUUAGUCUGUGUUAAUAGCCGAAGGAAUAAGUAUGAUGUUGUAAAGGCUAAACACAACUGCAUAAUGAUGAUGAUGGAAUAAUUACUUACAUAAGCCAAACCGUAGGAACAAUCUUGCCUUUAGGCCUGCGUGUUAUGCUAGGUGAGGUCAGUGUUCACAUGCUGUCGUUUCCCUCUAUCCCCUUAACAAAGCAAUGGAAAGAAAACGUUUGCCUGCAUCAUUGUACAAGUAAACUAUCUGUUACGUUGGAUGUUGCUCCUUCAUUGCCUGAUGUGUUGACUUGUUAUAUGAUCAUUAUUAACAUCAUAGAAUGUUUUCUGAAACAGGACAAUUUUAAAAUGACCCCUGGAAGGCGACUGCUGAACGCAUACAGAACGAAUGGGAUUAUCUGAUUUAUGAUAUAAAUAUAUUUACAUUCUUCUCUCUGUAAUUGUAUUGGCACAGCUGUAUGGGAGGAUGAUUUGUUGGAGUCGGUUAUGUCUGUAGUCUUGUUCAGUGGCAGUCCCUUUGUAUUUAUUUAUGUGGGGGGGGGUUUGUCUCACAUACCAAUUUCUCUGUACUCUACUGUUGUAAAUAUACAGCCAAUGUAUACCAACUGACAAACGGUUUAUUAGCAAUAAAUAUUUUUGCACCCUG